AUGGAAUUGAAUAAUCAAACGAGGAAGGCAUGCGAUCUAUGCUACACUCGCAAGAUCAAGUGCGAUGGACAGAAACCUCGCUGCUCAAAUUGCAUCAACUAUGCCACGGACUGCACGCAUACAGCACUGAGCCGGAAGUCAAAGCCCAGAGCACGACAUACAGUGCAUGUUGAAGCUCAACACACUGACGAGGAGGACGAUCUUACAACCAGCCCAAUGAAACUACCUCCACUACACCUAGCCAUGGCCAUGGUUGGAAUAUACCUUAACACUUGGAAUUCGGUCCUGCCGCUCUUCCAUGCCGACACGCUGUUGCGUCUAGUCGGUGAAUGCUAUGCCCGUCAACCCCGACAACGCGACCCAGUAGUAUGGGCUGCCAUCAACGUCGUAUUUGCCCUGGCUUGCCAACAGGUUCCAGACGGCGCCAGUGAUGGCCGCUCCGAGUACCAGACCGAUCAAACAACAGAGUAUCUCAACAAGGCACAAUCCAUGAUCUCGACUGUGAUGCUUGGUGAGACCCAUCUCCUUAACAUACAGGUCCUGGUAGGCAUGGUGAUGGUGCUCCAAACUGCACACGACCUGACCCCAUCCUUGAUUCUAAUAUCGGCAACGAUGCGUCUCGUACAUAAGUUAGGCCUGCACAACCAUGCAGCAUCAACACAUCUGGAGCCUGUGCAAAGGAGACAGCAUGCCCGCGUCUUUUGGCUCGCAUACAUUCUCGACAAAGAUUUAAGCCUGCGUACCCAACAGCCUUCGGUUCAACUCGAUGACGAUAUUGACGUGGAAUUACCAUCUUCUUUGCCGACGACUAAUGACGAUAAUGACAACACUGCUGGUAUCAUCGUUACGGCGGACGGAAAUGCCCGCAUGAAUUAUUUUCUGGCUCGCGUCAAGCUCGCCCAUAUUGAGGGUCGUGUAUAUGACUCUCUCUACUCAACACGAGCAGUAAAUCGAAGCUUCGAAGAACGACGCAAUGCAAAGGAGAGCAUUGUUAGCGCACUCGAUGAAUGGAGAGCUUCCAUACCUCCCGAAUUUAGCGCCGGUGUCGUCACAUCGAACACCAGGAAUAAACCGGGGAAUAAUGGUUUUUUCUGUGUGCUACACUCAACCAGUCUCCAAUGCAUGGCGCUUGUUAGCCGGGCUCACGCUUGGGAUGGACAAUGGGUGAGUGGUGUUCGCAACCAUAGCCGAGGAACCCAGAUAUUGCAGCUACCACCAGCUUGGGAGAUAAUAGUCCAUCAGGCCAGAGGUUACAUGCUCUUAUUUCGAGAGGUUUGGUCAGGAGAUGCCUGGUUUUGCUGGCUGACUUCAUGCCCUUAUACAACCGCUAUGGUGCUGUUGACAGCCAACGCUCUGUACAAUCCGUGGCAUGAUAAGAUCCAGUCAGAUAUGGAGCUGAUGGAUUCAGCCCUUCUUUGGCUCAAUGAGGCCAUGAGGGAACAUCAAUCGGAAGAGACCCAAGCGCUUUGGGACACUUGUGUUGAGGCCGUCCGAACGGUGAAGCAGAAGCUUGCUGAAAACAUCACAACGCCCCUGGGGUAUUAUUGGUUGCUCAGUCGUCCAGACAGUCUAGAGCCAUUCUAA